CAUUGUUCGUCAUUUAACGCAUCGCUAGAUACGUCUCUUUAAUUGCGUUUCCUGUAUUUUUGUGAACUCGUUUAUAUUUGCCGGAGGCGUCAUUUGGACCUCCCGUUGAUUGAGGAAAACUUAAUCCAGUUCAUCGUUUUUAGUUUCUUGUAGAAGGAUUGAAAAGUGUGAGGUGUCGAAGUACAUGUUUUGCUCUGUAUUUAAAUGCGUAAUAAUCAUCAGAUUUGCCAACAUUUCAGUUACUUAACAAGACUUUGACUUACUAGUUUCAAAAUAAAUCUGUAAUAAUGGAAGUUGUUGUGUAUGGUGCAUUAUCAACUAUAUGGUGGAUGUCAUCACUCUCAAUUUUGCUGCCAUUUGUUUUACUUUUAAAAUUUAGUAAACGAUUUCGAGAUAAAUGGUUUUCCUUUAUUUUCAUGAGAUGCCUUGGACCUCUUUUCAAUCCUAGGUUGACACCAUUGAGGAAACGUGCUUUUGAUAUUUUGAAUGAGCACCUUGCUGAUCGUAAGAAAAAUUUGCCUCUAGAUAUUUUGGAGAUUGGCAUUGGAGGAGGAGCUAAUUUGCAGUUUUAUCCUCAGAAUGCAAACCUAACUGCACUUGACAUGAAUGCAACCUUUGAAACAUAUUUUAAAGAAAAUCAAAAGAAAUAUCCGCAAAUUACUUACAAAAAAACAGUGACUGCCAUGGCAGAAAAUAUGGAAGAGAUUGCAGAUGCUUCUAUGGAUGUUGUAGUGUGCACUUUUGUUCUAUGUUCUGUCCAGAAUAUUCAAUCAGUACUGAGUGAAGUGAGACGUGUUUUAAGACCUGGUGGUAAAUUUCUGUUUCUUGAGCAUGUUGCCUUCCCGCAUGAUCAGUGGAGCUUUACUAUCCAGAGAUUUGUAGCUCCUCUGUGGCAUCUGUAUUUUGAUGGAUGCUUUCCAGAUCGAGAUAUUGCAGAGGAAAUAAGAAAAAAUGGAUUUUCCAGUGUUGUAUGUGAAAACAAGUAUCCAAAUACUUUGUUAUUAUUUGUGAGGCCACAAAUUGUUGGUAUUGCCACAAAAUAAACAGAAUAUGGUUAAAGUGAAGAUUAGUGUGCCCUCGAGUUUGUCGCAAAUAUGGCAACCCAACGGAAUACUCUUCUAGCAAUCCUAAUGCUGUUUUGUUUACUAUUUUUUUACAAUGGUUGAGUUGUACAUAAACUACAACUAUUUUUAGAAAAAUGUUAAAUUGAAAAUAAUAAAAAAAAUAUCGAUUAAAGAUUUUAAUUUUCUUUAUUAUAAUUAAAAGUUUUUUUUACAACUAAUAAGACACUGCAAUUUUAUUUUUAUUGUGAAUACAAACCGAAAAUAUUUAUUCUUUUGCAAUUUUUAAUUGUCAGUAUGCGCUUUAAAAAAUCAUCUGAAUUCUUACUUUAAAAGUCAGCUGCAAUGGAAUUCUUCGCAGUUCUUGUUAUUCUUUUGGUGAUGUAAUGGUUGGUUCCCAUGAUAAUUUGUUAUCUUGGCAAUUGUGCAACAAUGGAUGUCGGAUAAAUGGGAUGGAAGACAAUAUUUCGAACCUGUGGAAUGGAUGAAGGGCGAGUGGAUACAUAUAUUUUUUUACGAGUUGAUGAAAGGAAACGAUGCUUGCUUGAAAUUUUGUAUGGAGAAUGAUUUGAUUGCUUCUAAGUGUGUGUUAAAUAAAUCAAGUAAGUGCAUUAAUUUUUUAAAAUUCCUUCUGAAAUCCGUUCCUAUACCGUCCUUCAUUUUUUAUUUUCUAUGUGUUAUGUGCUGUUUCUGUUAUCCACACAGUCCUAAUGUUCAAUGUGCUAGCGAAGCUACUAGGUUCCCACUCCCGCUGCUAGUGAAGCCGUAGGAUAUUGUUUUAGAAAAUUUUGCCUUGUACCUUUUACAGAUGUCAAAGGCAUCUCAUGCUCUAACUUUUGCUCCGCACUCCGGUCUGAAAAAAAAUGAUACUUAUCAAUAAAAAAAUCAUUAUAUUGCGGAAAAUGUUAAUCGUAACUGGUUGGAAGAAAUGUUAAUAACCGCAGAAGUGUUUGUUUCCUUUGUCCACCAUCUUCAUUGGUGACUUGGCAUCCUUGGCACAGCAAGGGGCACACUAAACUUCACUUUUACCCAGAGUAUUUCAAGAGAUUACAACUACUUAUAUAGUGCUAUUGCAUUUUGUGCUGUGUUUUGCAUUUCUUUUAAAUGACAACUCAAGUACAAAUCAUUUCCAAACAUUCUAGAAAGUUUGCUUGCAUGCAGUGUAAAAAAUUAGUAUCCAUAUAUCAAUUUAAAAAAUAGAAAAUUUAUUUAAUCUUAUAUUGUUGGAUUAAAAUUCUAGAAGCUUAUGCAAAAAUAAUUAUAUCUGCUGUUGCACUAAAAACAAAAUCAUAAAUAAAAUCUACUUAAACUUGUAGUAUAUUCAGAUUGUAUUUAGGAAAGCUUGUUAAUUUUUUUUGUUGUUGUUGACAGAAUAUUUGAUUCACUCAAGAAAAGAAGAAAGAAAUGUGUUAUGUUUUAGAAAAGUAUUUUAUUAUAAGUUUAUCUGUGGUUGGAUAGCAAAUUGUUGCUUUAUAUUUCCAAUUGCUGAAAUUUUUAUAAAAAAAUACAUUGUGAUGUACUGCAUUUUUUAUAUUGCUUUAUUUUCAUUAGUAUUUUUUUAUUUACCUAUGUUUUGUAUUGUUAUGUAUGCUUAAAUUUUUUGGUAUUGUACUUCUCUAUUUUUUGUAUAAAUUUAAUUUUAAAAUUUGUAAUAGUUUUAACUUAAAGUAAAAAGAGUCUUAUAUUUGAUUUUCUUUCUUUUUAUAAUUUUUUAAAUUUAUUUUUGUUUGAAGAUGAAUAGUAUGAUCUGAAUACAAUAGUAUACAAGCAUUUAACAUUGAAAUUAGUAUUUAAAUUUUAUCAGAUAGUAAAAAAUAAAUUGUAGUGUAUAUUAAUUAACUUGCAAAAGUAAUAUCAGGAAUUUUACCAAUUCAAAGUUUAACCAUUUAAAAGCAAAUGAAAUACAAUAUCAAUUAGUACAAAGACUUGCAUAUCUGUAAUUAUAUUAGAAUCAAAGUUUAAUUUUUCUAUUUUUCACCUUUAUAAUUUUUUAGAUGAUUGAUAAUAUGUUUUUCAUGCAUAUAGUCAUAUAAUUUAAAAAAAAAAUGGCAUAGAUGUAUUUUAUAUUUUUAAUGCUUUUAUUAAAAAAUUUGAACUGUGCCAUUAUUGACUGAGGGCAUCUACUUAAUGCUUAUUUAUGGUACUUAAAAAAUAUAAUUAAAAGCUUUUUUAUAUUGU